AUGACUUACAACGUUACUAGAACGAGAUCUCAAAAGAAACCAUCCACGGCAGGUGGCGGUGUCCGGUCGCUGGCUACCGCCAUUGCUGUCCCUGUGGCUCUGACCCUAGCCGACAUUAUGUGGUACGGAGGUGGCCAGGCUUACAAGGACCUAGACCUACCAUUCUGGAUGCCAUCGUUGUGGGUUCUACACCUAACUUGCUUGUCCACGGCUUUCGUCAUGGGGUUAUCGGCUUGGCUCGUGUGGGCCGAGAGUGGAUUUCAUCGGACACCCUCGGCUAUAGUAAUGUACUUGGCUCAACUUGGAUUCAGCUUGGCUUGGAAUCCGAUCUUUUUCAAGAUGGAUGCUAUUCGGGUGGCGUUAGCAGUGAAUUUGGCACAGAUGGCCACUAUUUUCUCGUGUUCUCAUAUGUUCGGCCGGUUAAAUCCGAUAGCCGGCGACCUUGUGAAGCUUUGUUUGGUGUGGACCGGCUAUUUAACGGUUGUAAAUCUAUAUUUUGUACUUUAGGGUAAAGGAUUCAACAUCUAUAAUAUACGUAAUGUAGAUUUUGUAUACAAUUCUAUCGAAAAAGGGUAUAAUUGACCUUAAACGAGGGUUUCAAUUAGAGGCAUUACCUUCUAAAUGUUUUCUGGUCGAUGACCUUCAUCUGACCCGUUUAGGGAUGUUCAUAGAGACCGCCCACACUGUACCGCAAAACGCAGUUUAGAACUUCUGCUAUGCGAUUUACAGUUUGCAUUUUUACACCAAAAGGCACUAUAAUAAUU